GAGUAACAAAAUCGGGUAACGUCAUCUUUCGCUCCGCCCUUCGGGUAAUGGCGGCCAUCUAACGUUUUUACUACAUCUUAUCAGCCUGACUAUCCUCCUUGAUUAAUACAUUGUCUGUGGUUCUAUUCCAAGAUCACUGUGAUUUAAGCCAUCUGAAGAUUGGUUGUUCCACGAACAGCAUCACUAUUUGCAUUAAAGCCAGGUGAAAGAAUUGUCUCUGAACGAAGACGAAAAAGCAGUAGGAUACAGCCAUGCCAGCAGUGAAAGGGGACGGGAUGCGCGGCCUAGCCGUCUUCAUCUCAGAUAUCAGGAAUUGUAAGAGCAAGGAAGCUGAAAUCAAGAGAAUCAACAAAGAGCUGGCAAACAUCCGAUCAAAAUUCAAAGGAGACAAAACGCUGGAUGGAUAUCAGAAGAAGAAAUAUGUGUGCAAGCUUCUCUUCAUAUUCCUGCUUGGCCACGAUAUUGACUUUGGGCACAUGGAAGCAGUCAACCUUCUCAGCAGUAACAAAUACACAGAAAAACAAAUAGGUUACUUGUUCAUCUCAGUGCUUGUGAGUGAGAGCAGCGAACUGAUGCAGCUGGUUAUUCAGAGCAUCAAAAAAGACCUCAACAGCAGAAAUGCAGUCAACAUCAACCUGGCCCUCCAUUGCAUAGCAAACAUCGGCAGCAAAGCUAUGGCAGAGAACCUCGGAAAAGAAGUACCAAAGCUGCUCGUAUCUGCUGACACCAUUGACCAAGUGAAACAGAGUGCAUCGCUAUGCCUGCUGCGUCUCUACCGUACGUGCAAUGAUUCGAUACCCAGUGGGGAGUGGCAAGCCAGAGUCAUACACCUACUCAAUGAUCAACACAUGGGCGUGGUCACUGCUGCAUCCAGUCUCAUCUAUGAUCUGUGCUUAAAGAACCCAGACGAGUACAAGGGCUGUAUCUCAUUAGCUGUCUCAAGACUUAGUAGGAUCGUAACAUCAUCAUACACAGACUUGCAGGACUACACAUACUACUUUGUGCCUGCCCCGUGGCUGGCGGUCAAGCUCCUGCGUCUCUUACAGCUCUACGGACCGCCGGACGACCCCGCGGUCAGGGGCAGACUCACGGAAUGCCUGGAGACCAUACUGAAUAAAGCACAGGAGCCACCAAAGUCCAAGAAAGUCCAGCAUUCCAACUCCAAGAAUGCCGUCCUGUUUGAGGCCAUCAAUCUCAUCAUACAUCACGAUAGUGAGCCUAACUUGUUGGUCAGAGCGUGUAAUCAACUAGGUCAGUUCCUACAGCACAGAGAAACAAAUCUAAGGUAUCUUGCGCUUGAGAGCAUGUGUCUGCUAGCAUCUUCUGAGUUCUCACGGGAAGCUGUCAAGAAACAUCUAGAAACGGUUGUCACAGCCCUCAAGACGGAGCGUGAUGUAAGUGUGCGUCAGCGAGCUGUAGACCUGCUUUACGCCAUGUGUGAUCGGACCAACGCGGAUCAGAUCGUCGGUGAGAUGCUCAUCUACCUAGAGAAAGCAGAUUACUCCAUAAGGGAAGAAAUGGUACUGAAAGUAGCCAUCCUAGCCGAGAAGUACGCCAGCGACUACACGUGGUACGUGGACACCAUCCUCAACCUGAUCAGGAUCGCCGGUGACUACGUCAGCGAGGAGGUGUGGUAUCGAGUCAUACAGAUCGUCAUCAAUAGAGAAGACGUGCAGGGUUACGCAGCAAAGACGGUGUUUGAGGCUCUACAAGCUCCAGCAUGCCAUGAAAACAUGGUUAAAGUGGGAGGCUACAUCCUGGGAGAGUUUGGAAACCUCAUCGCCGGUGACAAGAGGUCAAGUCCACAAGUCCAGCUCAAUCUUCUUCAUUCCAAGUUUCACCUGUGUACUGCCCCGACCAGAGGGCUCCUCCUCUCUACCUAUGUCAAGUUUAUCAACCUCUUCCCAGAGAUCAAACAUAUCAUACAAGAUGUACUAAGAAAUGAUAACCAGCUACGCAACGCUGAUGCUGAACUCCAACAGAGGGCGGUAGAGUACCUUCAACUCAGUGUGUGCACUUCAGCUGAUGUACUGGCGACAGUCUUAGAGGAGAUGCCACCGUUCCCGGAGAGGGAGUCAUCAUUGCUUGCCAAACUCAAGAAGAAGAAACCCACAGCAGUGGUUCCAGGGGAGGAGAAGAAGAGAAUGGGAGGAAUAGAACUCAACAGUAUAGGAGAGAGUAGCACAGAUUCGUUGGAGUCUGCGGCCUCUGCAUCAUCGGUACCCAAGCCCAUUUUAGCCAGCAGCAUGCCGACCUUGGCCGCUUCGUCCAGCUCCGGUUCGGCCGAUCUCCUGGGCCUGAUGGAAAGCCCGGCUGCGGCCCCCACCAACGCCUCCUCGUUCUUCGGAGACAACAUGGCCGCCGCCCCUGCCCCCACCAACAACGGGGGUCUGCUGGUGGACAUGUUUGGGGCCCCUACAACAGGAAGCGCCGCCCCCGUAGCCAACAAUCUGGCUCCCGACGCGGAGGAGAACUUUAGGAAAUUUAUUUGCAAGAACAACGGUGUGCUUUACGAGAGUGAUCAGAUGCAGAUUGGCGUGAAGUCCGAGUUCCAGACGUACAUGGGUCGACUGGGUCUGUUCUACGGCAACAAGACCUCGUACCAGUUUGCAAACUUUGUCACCUCCAUCAACAAGCCCCCCUCGUUAGAAGGAAAGCUCAACAUCACCAUGGAUACCGUACCAACAACCGUCGAUGGCGGCGCUCAAGUCCAGCAGGUCAUCAACUUGGAAUGUCUGGAUGACUUUGACGAGGCACCGACGCUCAGCAUCCAAUACUCGUUUUUAGGGUCCACAAGGAUCCCCUCAAUGAACAGUGUGGGUGGUUCAGUGCAGAGCAUGACUCUCAAGGUACCUGUGAUGAUCUCCAAGUUCUUUCAAGCCACUACAAUGACCUCCCAAGACUUCUUUGGACGCUGGAAGCAGCUCGGAAGUCCGGGGCAGGAGUCGCAGAAUAUUUUUGAGGGACAAUUCCCAAUGGACACUGCUGCGAAUAGGACAAAGCUGAUGGGGACAGGAAUAGGACUCCUGGACGGAGUGGACCCCAACCCGGAGAACUUUGUAGGAGCAGGCAUUGUCCACACCAAGACCCAACAGGUCGGAUGUCUCAUGCGCUUAGAACCUAAUCAACAAGCAAGGAUGUACAGACUAACGUUAAGGACCAGCAAACCUGAUGUAUCAAGGGUACUGUGUGACUUGUUCGCAACCCAGUUCUAGGCAGCUCUGUCCAGCCCACACCGGUUCUAUCUGCUUCAAACUGGUUUCAGCUGGAUAUCUUCAGAAAUAAGGUCAUUCCGAGUCAAGUUGUUUGUACUGCCUGUGAAUUUAUAUAUCAAUGCGUUUGGGAGACAAGUUACUCACAUCAUACCAGUGUUGGUUAAGUGUUUACUGUGCUGAAUCUGGAUAUGACUGGUUCAAAGCAGUUUUGACCAGUUUAAACCUGUUCUGACAGCAUCAAAGAGGAUCUUGAAAAUGUCACAGAACGUUUUGAAUAUUUGUUUGAAUCAACAUAAUCUGGAUAUCUCUCUCUUUUUUUCUUUUUUUUAAAUCUCCAGUUAACAUGAACAUUGAGUGUAGUACAGUUUCAAUCCGGUUGAGCUGCAUAUAUAUAGUUACCCAGACAUGCUUAUUAUUAAAAAUACCAUUCCUAUGUUAGCAUAAAGACUUAGCAAUAUUUAAUGUUUCGUGAAACAAGGAAUGCAGUAGAAAAUAUAGAUAUGACAUAAAUGUAGUGUUUGUUAGUGGUAUGAAAUUAUUUCAUUUAUAGGAACAUGCUUGUGGCACAAGAAAAAAUAACUCAAUUAUUGUUUGAUGAGUGAACUGAAGGUGAAAACCAAGUCCCAUAUGUUAAAGGCAGUGUAUAUUCUACUAGGCAGCUCUGUCCAGCCCAAACCGGUUCUGUCUGGUUUGAAUUGGUUUCAUUGGUUUCAGUGUAUAUGUUGAAAUUGUGAAGUGUAUUUGCAUCUUUCAGCCGGGUUCAAAAAUUUCCCAUGUAAAGCGAGAAUACAAAGAAAGACAUUGAAUAUAUAUUGUACAUAGGAAUUGAGAAGAAAAAAAAUGUUGGAUUUUGUGAUGUAACAUUUUGAAGAAAAAAAAUGAAAUACGGAGAAGAAAAAAAAUUAGAGGCAUGAGACAGAUUUAAUCAUUUUUGUACCCUAUCUCUGUGAUGUAAUACACUAUUGUUAAUGUGGAAGUUAUGUAUGGAAUGUGACUCAAGUAAAACUUUUAGCAUUAAUGCUAGUUGUAUGUAUACCCCUACCCCGAAGCCUUCCUUAAAAUAAUAUCCUGCUUAAUAUAUCUUUUUGAAUAAGAGUAGCAAUGAGAACGUUUUAUAGAACUUAGAUGGAGAAAAAAAAUUGUGAUAGAAUCAAUCCACAGACACUUUAGUUGUUUAUCAAAAUAAGCCAAUGUUAGAAGAAUGCUCCCAGAUUUUGUAGGAAUGUUUUUAGAAAAUUAAAUUUAUCAGUACGAACUGCCAGACAAGAGAUGAUGUCGUCCUAAACUGUGCUAAUUCGAAUCAUUUUGUAGCCUUUCUUCAUGCCAUAGGAUAUAUUUUGAUCUAGAUGGUGAUC